AUGGCCCGACCCAUGGGGGCGGUUCGUCUCAAGAAGACGAAUCCCUUGACACUCGCGCUUGGAGCGAUCCUGUGCAUCUUCAUCAUCGUCUUCCUCGUCUCCCCGUCGGGCAAAUCCGCAACCGCUCGCCGAUUCGAGUCCAUAACUGCAGAACAUCAUCUCUCGCCGCCGACUUCACCGUACCGAAAGUCAAAAUCCCGAUCUGGCGUACCGCUCAAGCCACCACCGGUUGUGCACUACAACCUUAACAAUGUCACCAUUACGACUUCGCCCAUCGCGAACCGAGAAAAUGUCCUCAUCUUGACCCCCAUGUCUCGAUUCUAUCCCGGCUACUGGGACAAUCUUUUGCGCCUGACCUAUCCUCAUGAACUUAUCACGUUGGGGUUCAUCCUACCCAAGACCAAGGAGGGCAACCAAGCCACCACCGAACUCCAAGAACACAUCCACAAGACACAGAAGCAUGGCCGUGAGGGUGACAGAUUCAAGAGCAUCAUCAUUCUUCGUCAAGAUUUUGAUCCUGCCAUCGUGUCGCAGGAUGAAGCCGAGCGCCACAAGCUUAAAAACCAGAAGGCCCGUCGCGAAGUUAUGUCCAAGGCCCGGAAUUCACUACUGUUCACGACUCUCGGACCCGAUACCUCCUGGGUCCUGUGGCUAGAUGCCGACAUCAUCGAGACUCCUACAACCCUGAUCCAGGAUCUCGCCUCGUUUGAUAAGCCGCUCAUUGUCCCAAACUGCUUCCAGCGAUAUUACGACGAGGAACAUAAGCAAAUGGCCGAGCGGCCAUACGAUUUUAACAGCUGGCAAGACAGCGAAACAGCGCUGGCACUCGCUGCCAAGAUGGGACCCGACGAAAUUCUUCUCGAGGGCUACGCUGAAAUGCCAACAUACCGAAUGCUUAUGGCAUACCUGGCUGUCGAGGGCGGUGACCGUAAUCUGGUCAUCCCACUUGAUGGAGUUGGAGGUACUGCCCUUCUAGUCAAGGCAGAUGUGCAUCGCGAUGGUGCCAUGUUCCCUCCCUUCCCCUUCUACCAUCUUAUUGAGACUGAGGGAUUCGCCAAAAUGGCUAAGCGAUUAGGCUGGCAACCAUACGGCCUGCCCAAUUACAAGGUCAGUCAUUUCUCCGCUACAAUGAACACCUGGCACUAA